UUUAAAUAUGUUUACAUUUAACUAGCUGCCGGUCUAAGUUUCUGCACACAUGCAGUUCUUUAAUCAUCAUAAUCAAGUCAGAUUUGACAGCUUAAAGUGAACCAUUGUGUCUGCUCUUUCCAUGGUCUGCAGUUACCUUCCACUCAUCUAUGAUUUGGGAUUUUUUCUGGACACAAAAAGGAAGAUUUUUUGUUCCUGGCUGAUCAAGUUCGUUUGCAUUUCUACUCGAGCUGUAGCUCUGUGUAAACCGCGUUGACAUAAUUAUCAUGUGCCCAAGGAUCCAUUAUCAGCCCAACACAACCACCUUGGUGUAAUCAACAGCCAGACAGCAUCUGGACUCCAGUAAUUGAUUCUUAUACACAGUAAAUCCCUUCAAAGAUGUUCAAGGAGCUCAGCCAUGGGAGUUCCGAUAUUGAUUGGUGCGAGGAUAAUUACUCUGUCUUUCCAUUCAUUGCCGAGUUCUACAACACUAUCAGCAAUGCCCUGUUCUUCGUGUUCCCGCCCAUCAUGUGGAUCCUCUUCAAGGAGUACGCACGUCGCGUCAACCCCUCCAUCAAUCUCAUCUGGAUCUUACUGAUGGUGGUCGGAGCAAGCUCAGUCUAUUUCCACAGCACGCUUAGCCUCUUCGGCCAACUCCUUGACGAGGUCGCCAUCUUGUGGGUGGUGUUAUGUGGGGCGGGAUUGUGGUUUCCACGGAGAUACUACCCACAAAUUUUGAACGGAAAUAGGAAGCUGUUCCGUAUCAUCGUCACAGGAUUUACGCUGUUCGGUACAAUGAUUGCAUUCAUCAAGCCAGCGAUGAAUUCCUUCUUCAUGAUGCUCAUGGUCAUCCCUGGGAUCAUUGUCAUGUACUUGGAACUCAAAAGGGUACACUGCCGACGUGUAGCCCGUUUGUGCCGUACCAACAUGGCACUGUGGAUCGUUGCGGUCUCAUGCUGGGUCAUGGAUCGCACCUUCUGCGAUUUCUGGCUCUUCGUCUCUUUCCCGUACCUUCACUGUGUCUGGCACAUCCUGGUCCUUCUGGCCUCCUACGGAUCUGUCGUUCUCUUCGCAUACUUCGAUGCCAUGAACGAACAUCCAGAGAUGGGACCUGUGCUGACCUACUGGCCGAAAGAUGGCUACUCAAAUUUUGGAAUUCCAUAUGUGGCGCUGAAAUGUGUUUGUCCGAAACCAUAAGACCAUGGAGAUUUUUUGCGGUUUCACAAAAGCAACUUGAGUUAUAAAGUUCUAUGUGUAAAUUAUGUAUUGUCUGAAAUCACAGUACCUAUACCUUGCUUUAAUUUUUAACGGUAAGCAAAGCUAGCACUGUACAUGAAGAAAAUAUUAUUGUUUUUUAUAGUGAGUGACUCUUGCGAAAGAAGACAUCUUGAUUGAUUAGAAAAGCUGCCAAAGCUUUAAGGUAUACAGCCUUUUUAUCUGGAUCUGUCAAUAUUUGUAGUGAAGCAGUAGAUCUUUUUGGAAGCAUUUAUUUGCCAGUGAAAAAAAGGUCACAAAUUAGUUGGUUGCUGCCUUCAAACAAUUCUUGCCACUGGUAUUCAGCGUUAUUAUUGUUGAUAAUGGUGCAGACUCUUCUGACUAGGAAUGUGGGCUGUCUGCCAUGCACUUGUACAGACACA